AUGUCCACCUCCACCACCACCACCGACACCCCCACCCCCCUCAGCACACAAUACGACACGCCCCUCGGCCUCGCCCACACCACCAUGCAAGCCCUCAAGGACCGCAUCAAGCUGCACUACGACCUGGCCAGCGACUACUACCUCAGCCUGUGGGGCGAGCACAUCCACCACGGCUACUGGCCGACGGCCGCCUCCAAGGCCGCCGACUCCAAGGAGACCGCCCAGCUGAAUCUGAUACGGCUGCUGCUGGCGGUUGCCGAGAUGCCCGGUGCCGGGGAGUUUGGUGGGGGUGAUGAUGGGAGGGCGACGACGACGACGGCGGCGGGUACGGCGUUGGAGGGGACGACGGGGUCUGUUGUUGCUGCUGCUGCUGCUGCUGCUGCUGCUGUUGCUGCGAAGAAGGAGCAGGAGGUGGGCGGGGCGCGGCUGCGGAUUCUAGAUGUUGGUUGUGGUGUUGGGGGUACGGCGCGGUAUCUGGCGCGCGAGCUGGGCGCGGCUGUGACGGGGCUGACUAUCUCGGGCAAGCAGGUGGACAUGGCGACGAGAUGGGCGAGUACUUCGCCCCCGGAGGCGACGGUGGGGAGGGGGGAUUUCGACGUCGUCUGGAUCAGCGAGGCCCUCUCGCAUUUCCCCAACAAGGCGCUCUUCUUCCAGAACUCGCACAAGCUGCUUCGGUCGGGCGGGAAGCUGGUGCUGGCGGACUGGUUCAAGGCCGAAGACCUUACCGAGAGCGUGUUCGACGCGGAUAUCAAGCCGAUCGAAGACGGCAUGCUCACCCCGCCGCUCUGCACGCAACAAGGGUAUGUGGACUUCGCUACGGGUGCUGGGUUGAAGGUCUUGGGCGGCCCCAAGGACAUCAGCAAGGAUGUUAGCAAGACGUGGUAUGUGUUCUGGCGAGUUCAUGCGAGGACCCUGGUGCUAACAGUUGUAGGGACAUCUCGUGGUCGCUCGUACAAAACCCUUCGCUGUGGGCAUUCGCCUUCAGCCAAGGGCGAGAUGGCAUUGCCUUCUUACAAGCCUUCCGGGCCAUGA